ACAAAGAACCUGUGAAAAAAAGAAUCACAAAGACAGAGCCCAAAAAGCCUGUAAGAGGAAUUAAAAUUGUCAAGAAGGAGGUUGCAUCUGUUCUUAAGAAGGAACAUCUCAAUGUUACAAAAGCAGAAGCAGCUCCGAAGGAGCCUAAGAAGGAGCCAACGCUAAAAGUAAAGCCUACACCUGUAAAACCAGAUGCUGAGGUUACAAAAGAAAGAGUAAAACGAGCUCCUUCAGAGAAGGAAGCACCAAAGAAAAAGGCUAAAGCACAUCCUGCAAAGAAAGAAGCUGUUGCUCCAAAAGAAAAGCCCAAACCAGCGAUCUUGGCUAAAGAACAACAAGGUACUGCUAGAAAUGCCUCACUGGUGAAAGAGAGGGUUAAAAUUGUGCCUAUGAAGAAAGUGGUCAAGAUGCCAAAAGAGAAAGUCAGAGCUGUCUCUGCAAAGACAACUGAGGUUUCAAAACAGAAGCUCAAACCAGUUGUAACCAAGAAAGAGCCAGCUCCAGUUAAGACAAAACCAGCCCCAGCUAAAGAGGCAGAAGCACCACACAAAAAUGUUACUCUAACAAAGGAGAGGGUGAAGGUGGUGCCACUGAAGAAAGUGCCUGUAACUCCGAAAGUAAGAGCCAAACCAGAACCAACCAAAAAAGAAGCUGAGGUUCUUAAGAAGAAGAAAGCUGAGCCAGUGACUCCCAAAAAAGCAGCUGUUACCAAGACAAAACCAUCACCUGCUGAAAAGAAGAAAGAGCCAGCUCCCAUUAAGACAAAACCAACCCCAGCUAAAGAAGCACCACACAAAAAUGUUACUCUAACAAAGGAGAAGGUGAAGGUGGUGCCACUGAAGAAAGUGCCUUUGACACUGAAAGAGAGAGUUAAACCAGAACCAACCAAAAAAGAUGCCAAAAAGCCUGUAAGAGGAAUUAAAAUUGUCAAGAAGGAGGUUGCAUCUGUUCUUAAAAAGGAACAGCUCGAUGUUACAAAAGCAGAAGCAGCUCCCAAGGAACCUAAGAAGGAGCCAACGCUAAAAGUAAAGCCUACACCUGUAAAACCAGCUGAGGUUUCAAAACAGAAGCUCAAGCCAGUUCCAAUCAAGAAAGAAGCUGAGGUUCUUAAGAAGAAGAAAGCUGAGCCAGUGACUCCCAAAAAAGCAGCUGUUACCAAGACAAAACCAUCACCUGCUGAAAAGAAGAAAGAAGCUGAGCCUAAGCCAGUUCCUGCUAAGAAAGAGCCAGAGGUUACAAAGGAAAAACUGAAACCAGCUCUUGAAAAGAAAGCUCCUAAAGCAGAGGUCGAAGCAAAGAAGGAAAAGAUUAAAUCCCUUCUAAAGACAAAAGAGCCAAAAGUACCAGAGGUAAAAGCAAAACCAGCUGUAAAAAAAGAACUGGAAACACCUAAAGAAAAGGCCAGGCCUGCUGCAGUAAAGAAAGCCAUGUUGAGGGAAAAGACCAAACCAGCCCACGUGAAGAAAGAGCCUCGUGUUUUAAAAGAAAAGAUAAAGCCCAUUGCAACAAAGAAAGAGGACAGGGUUCUCAAAGAGAUACAAGAGCCUGCAAAGAAAGGAAAAACUGCUGAGAAGAAAGCUGAUAAGGAGGAGAAAGUUAAAGUGGAGCCGUCUCUAUCGGACAGCUUUCUCAUGGAAGAUGAGCUGCCCUACUUCCAGUGUUUCUUUGUGGAUGAGGACGAGGCCCAGUUUCCGUUUUACGCCUUCUCGCCGCUGCAGAUUUGACACGUCAGUCUGUGGUCUGACAUUUACAAUUUAGUCAAAUUACCGAUAAGGACGAGGUCACUUCACACCCUGUACUGUUGAAACACGGGUGAUGCUGUUCGCCUUCAGCAGAAAUCUCUGCACAGCAGAAGACGACAGGUUAUGAGAUGGACCGUUAUUUUUCUCUUUCCAGAAUUGGUUGAGCUCUCAUACCAAAUACAUGCAGUCAGUGUCAUUCCUUUUCUUUUCUUUUCUUUUUUUAAUAUUUUUUUAAGUAAUAAUUUCUUUUGCAUAUUUUAAAUAGAGCAAUUUACUAUUUCACUUCUAUGGAUUCAAAGCCUUUAAUAUAUUUACAGCUUACUUUAUUUUCUCAUAAAAGGUCCAGAAAAUGGUGCAGUAUUUUUAAAGUAGCUACAAAGUGUAGAGUAGUUUACACUGUGAGGUUAACAGGGUACAAAACUGCCACAGUUGCUACUCCAAGACAGACCUUCUUAGCCCACAUUUACUUGAACAGUGGUUUGCGUUGUAAUUGUACAUCUCUGUGGCGUCUUUCUUGAUCAUGUUGCUCAUCCCACCCUUUAUAGCACUUGUUCAUGAUUCAUUCUGUUUCCUAUUGUUCUUCCCAAAUGGAGACACAACAGAUAUCAUAUCAUUACUGAAUGACUUUUUUACCUUUUAUUUUUGUUUUAUGCAUCAAAAGGAAUGACCAUGCACUGUAUAUGAGAGCUCCCAAUCUUGCUACCUGAAACAUUUAAAGUCUUAUCAAACUGUACCAUCUGGAUAUCUGCACCAGCUCCUCGUUAUUAUAUUGGUGCUAGUAAGAGGCAUUGCCUAAAAUCUCAGAAUGAGGAUUGAGUUCAGUUUUUGUUCCUUUCAAUCUAUCAAAAACAUCAGCAAAUCAAGCGUCAGAUUUAUUCUGCAAAUUCCUUGAUUGACCAAAAUCACACUGUAGCUGACUUUGGUCACUGCUGUUGCACUGUGUGCACACAGUAGAAGCUAACGUACUGUAGAAACCUAUAGAGCAGGUUCCUUUAAACAAGAAUGCAAUCAAUAUUGCCUAAAUAUGCUAUGGCAACAUUAAGAUAAUAUUAAUGACAACUGUAUAAUGAUAUCUCAGAUUCAUGCUGCUAAAAUGCAGCAUAAUACAAACAGGAUUUCUGUUAUCUGAAUAUCCUUUACUUGAUAAUGUCUGAUGAACACAAAAGCAAUGUUGGCUGAGUCUAAUGUCAAAUUUUACAUUGUUGAUUGCACCGGCACACCGUGUGAUCACAUUAUAAGUCGCUGCAGAAGGUGUCACAUGUUUGGACAGGUGAUCUCAGAUGUAAAACAUUUCUCAGUCUGCUUUUAGCAGCUACGUAUGGCUACAUUGUUGCAUUUGCUCCAUAUGUUGCACAGAGAGCAGUUUUUACAUCCUGUGUCGCUAAUCCUGAAGCUUAUAUAUAAAUCUGCUUAUCUUUUAAAAUGAUACCAGUGCACACUUUGUCAGUCUAGGAAUAAUGAAAGCUCACACUCUGCAGCUCUCAGUGAGCUCAGAGUUUAAUAGCGAUUCAUGAACUGAUGAAGUUUUGGACACUUUUUACAAAACAAUUUUGAUUAUUGUCAUUAUUAUUAUUUAUGGUACCAAAAGAUAAAUAAACUUGUUUAAACUGUAUAUUAAUGACUCACGUUUACCAGGUGAACAUGUGCAAUACUUAGAUCAGCAAUCAAAGCGCAUUAUGUUAGUCUAAUAGUCUUUUAAUGGAGUAUGCAUGAUGUGUGUGCCUUUGUUUUAUGCUCUUAUAUUUUUAUGUGGUUUCCUAAUAGCGCGAACACUUGAAGACAGGAAUCAGUGAAUUUGAUGAUGUGUGCCAGUGUCACUGUAUGGUGUCGCUGACAUCAUACACACUGUGUUAAAAUGCUCUUGAUGUAAAUAGUUAAAUAUACAGAAAAACUGAUUGUUUUAUCCCUGAUUCAUUAUUCCUGAAGCGGCUCUUCAUCUUCAGUAAAAACCACAACGUGUAUCAUUUGUCACUUAAUCCCUUGCGAAUAGAACAAUUAGGCAUUAAAACAUAGCAAUGCAA